CCAGCUCCCUGUCGCCGCUGCUGUCCACGGAGCAGGCGCAGACGCUGGCGCAGGGCGGAGAGCGCCGCGUGCGCUUCCUGGACGCGUCCUGGUACCUGGACAAGAGCCGCGACGCCAAGAAGGAGUUCGCGGCCGAGCGCCUGCCGGGCGCGCAGUUCUUCGACAUCGAGCAGAUCUCGGACGGGACGUCCACGCUGCCGCACAUGCUGCCCACGCGUAAGAAAUUGCGCCUAAAAGUUAGCCCUAAAACGUAGAGGGAAGUAGGAUUAGCCACACUCUUAACAGUUGCUUGUUCCUCUUGCCUGCUAGCGGAGACCUACGAGCACGCCAUGAGGUACCUCGGCGUGGAGAACGACGACACAGUGAUCGUCUACGGCGGCAAGCACUGCUUCAGGUGCGCCGGCAGGGCAGCGUAGGGUAUUAGAGUGUUGGUAGGGGUGGUAGGGGUCCACUAGUUGACUUGUUUUACGUGAUGAUGCAGCCCCGCGCGCUGCUGGUGGACGUUCAAGUACUUUGGCCACGACAGCGUCCACAUUCUGAAUGGUGAGUUGGCCACUACCCUUCUACUACUACGGCUGGCGGUGCAAAGGACUAUGAACUCACACACACGCGUCGUCUAUUGUUGCAGGAGGCAUCACCAAGUGGAAGAGCGAGAAGCGCGAGAUCGAAACCGGAGAGCCGCAGACGGUGGUGGCGGGCGCCGCGUACAAGGCCAAGCCCAACGAGGACCUUGCCGUGUCGUGGGAGGACGUGCUGGCCAAGAUCGGCUCGGACACCCAAAUCGUGGACGCUCGUGGCGCCGCGCGCUUCUACGCCAAGGAACCCGUACGUUGGCAUGGUGCCACAGUAUACAAGGACGUCAGGUUUAACUUUUUUUCUUGCUUCGUAUUUUACAGGAGCCGCGUCCAGGCAUGCGUGGUGGUCACAUCCCUGGAUCCCUCAAUGUGCCGUUUGGAAAGCUUGUGAGCCCGGACGACUACUCGGUGAGUUGAUAUUACCCCGAGUCAGUGAGUCGAGUGGAGAGCGUCUAACCACAACUAUACCUGCGUGCAGCUUUUCCGCGAUCUGGCUGACAUUAAGGCUGCCUUUGCUGAAGCAAGUAAGUGCAGUCACCACUCAUAGUCCGAGGAAUGAGCUGCUCCUCACGUUUUGUCUGAUUGAUGACACCUAUAUAGACGUGAAGACAGAUGAAACGAGCCCGAUUAUUACGAGGUGCGUCGCUCGCUUUGCUUGCUCAAGCACGCGUUGUCUGAUAUUGAUGCAACCUGUUGUGUACAGCUGCGGUUCUGGUGUGACUGCGAGUGUGCUGACGUUUGGCUUGCAUUUGGCGGGAAAGCCGUUGGACAAGUAAGUCCGAGCGAAACCCAUGUCCUGCAUGCCAAUUCUGACUAUGUUUUGUUUCCCUUGCAGAGCCCCUGUGUACGACGGGUCGUGGUCGGAGUGGGGCCUGCGCAGCGACCUUCCUUUGGAAAAGGAGUCGAAGUGAGUGCACCGCUAGACAGGCGCGAACCUGGAUACGCAGCGAGAAUGUGUCAACCCUUGAAAAGUUUGCCGCGUGAAAUGGGCAAGUAAAAGUCUACCAAUAAUGCAACGAAAUGUUGCUACAGGAUCGUGAGUAUUCCCGUUCCUGUCGAUGUUAACGUUGUUGUAAUAGCCGUUUACUACACUUUGCCAAUCCAAGUUUGUAAAGCAAAACGCUGUGAAGUAACUUAAGUAACAUCCAAAAAUCGGAAAAUAAUUUCUGAAAUUAGUAUUUAGAGCAAUGUGGAUUUAGUGCAGAGCAAACUCAAAUCACUGGUCAGUAACAGACUGUCUCCGCCGGCAACAUGCUUAUGCACACCGAGAAGGGCGUGACUGGGUGCUGGUUGCCGACUGCAACGGCAUCCCUCCCACUACUGCCCGCAACAUCGUCCAGCGCCAAGCCGCUGAUGUCAAGAAGAGAGGCGACGCGCGGGCGGCGUGCACGAAGUGUACUCCAGAAAUGGAGGAAGCUCUCGUGGGCUACCUGGAAGACAACUGCCAGUACACACUCGUGCAGAUGCAGGAAAUGCUUGCGUUCGACUUCAGGGUGCACAUCAGCACUUCGUUGAUCAGUAAGAAGCUUUGCGAUAAGCUUUACACUGUUAAGCAGGUACGCCUUCAAGUUAUUAUGCUAUCACUUUUACCAUCUACUGUACUGUACUAAAUAUGUUCCCUGUGAUAGGUUCGCGUAGAGCCCGAGACCUGCAAUAAUGCUGUAAAUAUCGAGAAGAGGAGGGUGUUUGGUGAAGCGUUGCUGAAGCAUGAGCGGAACGGUGCUUUUAUCGUGUAUUAUGACGAGACCAACUACUACUGUACAACCUGUACUGUAAGCGGACGGAAGGUCUGUCGCCGCUGCUAUUCGUAGCGAGCCCAUGAAGUAUGGAACUUAGAUGUUUGCUGUGGACUAAAUCCACAUUGGUCAGUACUAAUCCUCGAAAAUAAGUUUUUGAAAAAAAUAUUUUUCGUAUUUACGGGACUCUCGGCUUUGCCUUGCGCUACUGCCAACUUGGAUUGGCAAAGGUCGAUAGCCUGUAAACGGCGUUUACAGGCUAUCGACAAAUCGAUCAUGAUGGUGGGUGCAAUCACGGAGGAUAUCUCACACGAUUGCGCUCGUCUUCGGAUUACAAUGCAGACCCUAGCUGUAUGUAGCGCUUACAUCUUCUCUCACUUUGCAAUCUUCCUCCUACCCAGCACUGCACAGCUCGACCUCUCUCAUUCACCCGCAGAUUCCAACCGACAAUAUGCCUCCGUACCGUGCAGUUCAAGUGCACAAGUUGACCAAAAACUUCCGAGCUGCUACCAAGAUCGUUGACGUGCCUGAACUACCCACCGCUAAGCCGGGCAGCAUCAUCGUGAAGAAUCGCUAUCUGGGCAUCAACUCCACUGACGUCAAUCUCACCAAUGGAAUGUACAACGACAAGUUGCCGUUCUUUGCGGGCGUCGAAGGAGCAGGACUCGUGACCGAGGUCGGCAAUGGCGUCACCUCAGUGGGAGUUGGAGAUGCUGUCAUGUACCAGACACUCGGGGCCUACGCUGAAUACGUCGAAGUGCCAGUAUCUGCUGCCAUCAAGAUCCCGAAGCUCUCGCGGAACGCACUACCCGUAGCGGUGGGCGGCGUCUCCGCUUCCAUGUGCCUCGAAGACCUUGGCGAGAUGAAGUCGAACGAGACCGUUCUCGUGACUGCAGCCGCUGGUGGCACAGGGCAGUUCGUGGUUCAGCUGGCCAAACUUGCAGGUAACCACGUCAUUGGAACCACGAGCUCCGACGAGAAGGCGGAAGCUCUCAAGCAACUCGGCUGCGAACGUGUGAUAAACUACAACAAAGAAAACGUGAGCGAGGUGCUCAAGAAGGAGUACCCGAGCGGCGUGGACAUUGUGUUCGAGUCCAUCGGUGGCGAAAUGUUCCGUGCCGCUGUCGACAACAUCGCAGUGCGUGGGCGCAUCAUCAAGAUCGGCUUCAUCUCGAGGGUGUUGGAGACCGAGACCAAGGACGGCGACGACUCUCUCAAGCCCAAGCCGCUGCUGUCGUGGGAAGCGAACGAGAAGAUUCUCAUGAAGUCGGCCUCGAUCCGCGGGUUCUUCAUGUAUCACUUCGAGGAGCACAUUCGCGAACACACAGAGCGGCUACUGAAGCUCAUCGACGAGGGAAAACUGAAGCCGGGCGUGGACCCCACGACGUACAAGGGGUUCGAGUCCAUCCCCGACGCCAUCGAUCGGAUGUUUGCGCGCGAAAAUGUUGGCAAGCUCAUCGUUACGCUGGAGUAGGAAGGAUCGGACAGGUCGGUGAACAAGCGAUCAUCACAUCUGUCUAUUAGUUCGGUCCGGAGCUAUGAACAGCUAGUGAACACUUUGAAGCGUGAAGACUUCUUCCGUUUGCAUCAAUGUGUAGGUAGUUAGUGUUUCUUCUUCAAAGCCUUCACCUUCUUAGCAUGCUUGGCCGAGUUCAUGUGUCCAUUGUAUUUCUUCACGUCGCGGAACGUGAGACCGCAGGGCUGGCAAGCCGUCUUGGUUGGAGGUGCAGGUGCUUUCUUCUUCGCAGCUCCCUGCAUAACAAAAAUAAUAAGUAGUAGGUCAGCAUGGUGUUCAACGUGGUAGCAGACGAUGACCUAAUUGUCACGCACCUUCUUGGCAGCGGCAAUGUCGCGCUUGGGCUCUCCACUACU